AUGGAUGCCCUACCAAAUGAACUGUUGGCGCAAAUUCUCGCGUUUUUUCAUCCAGUGUACGAUAAUUUGGCCCGCCUUUCAAUGGUGUGCAAACGAUGGAAGGACGUGAUUGAAAAUACUCCGUCUCUUUGGAAAUGUAUCCACUUUACACGGGCAUACCCGUUAUGCGUUACAGAAUACGCGAGGCACAGAGAUGCUCUUCGGCAUUGUCUCUUUAAGUUUGGACAUUAUGUCACGUGCUUAAGAGAUCACCCAAUAACGAGAACCUUCACGGAUCCAUCUUUACGAGAGCUGCUCUCUCGCUUGACAAGUUUAACCUGCUUAGAUGUGCCACUGUUAGAAUGGGAUCCUCGAUUCUUACAAACACUGCAGUGCGCAAGCGUAUUGGAAGAGUUGAAUCUCACUGAAUACCUUCGUUCCGAACCUCCAGAAAUCCAAUGGUUGUUCCAACAACCGGAAACGUUGGAAAAAAACUUCAUUACGCCUCAACAUCUCCAGAUGGUUAUUCUUAGAUUUCCUCAACUCAAAGUUUUGAAACUUGCGCUGGACUCGAUUGCGUUCCCGCCUUCCACAUUGAUCGCGUUUCUUGACAAGGUAAACCUGACAAAGCUCGAAUUAUCUGGGUUUGGUCUUGUACCAACACUACCUCCGCAUAUUAUUCACAACAGAGAUAUGUGCUUGAAAACAAUUUCUUCCUCUCAGCGUCUAGCUGCUGUGGUGACGCGUUUGGAGCUAAGAACUUGCCCGCUGUUUUUUACAAGCGACCACUUGCGUAUCAUGCUGAAGCUAAUGAAGACACUCCGUCAUUUGUUUGUUGGUGCUGGGAUGGUUCACCGUGACCGGAAAAGCCUGCUGUCCAUCGAAUCUGCGUCCCUACUUACACUCGGUUUGGAUGGACUCUCGACACUAAGAAUGCAAUGUUUGCGUUGUAAUACGCCAGCCUUGAAGGAAUUUCAACUCGCAAACUGCUUUGAUCUUACUGCUUUGUUUGUCUAUUCCAAGUCAUUGGAAUCAAUGUGUUUGCGAAAUCUCUCAAACUUUCAUAACCUGAAAUCCAGUUCAACUCGACUAAAUCAUCUGGAGUUGGUGGCUUGCCCUGCAAUGCCCAUUACAACAUUGCGUAAUUUUUUAAAGGGGCACCAAACAAUCAAAAAACUCUCCAUCAUUGGUGAACUGACGGGCCUUACACUGUAUGGAGCUAUGUGUCCGCAACUAAGAGUGUUGAAUCUGUUACUGUGUCAAGCUCCCAGGCUAGGAAGUAUCAAGAUUGACUGUCCUACGUUGGAAAAUUUUCUCUGUGAUGUGUACAGACGAGGACCAGUCACGGCAGACGAGUUCUGUGGAUUUCCUCAAGACAGGUCAACAUGCGCAAUUUUCAUCCGAAGUCGGAAGCUCGAGCGCGUGUCGAUAAAUUUGCCCAAUGCGACUGCCAUUGCGGUGAAAUGCGAGGAGCUCAAACAUUUAAGUGUAACGAUGGGUGAGACUCCAAACGACAGCAAGGCUGCCCUGGACUUCGAAGUCAUUGCUGGUACUAUAUCAUUCAUCCGCACCACGAACUGUAAGUUUUCGCGCUAUCAUCUUCAAGCGAGGCGUAUUGGUAAAAUUGGGCUACAGCUCUGUGAAAUGGAGAGCGACGAAUCCAUACCACGGUUAGAUGUUGAAGCUAAAGCCAUAGACAAGUUAGUACUUGACAAUUGCCAUCAUUUGCAAUGCGCUGAGCUUCGUGUUAAACCCGACAGGAUCGCGCACGUGUCUUUCAGCGAAUGCAACAAUCUGCGCAACAUCUUCUUGUCACGUGCUGUUGUAAAGAACCCACCCGAGAUGUCUGUAAUCAAAUGUAAGCAUCUCGAGAGCAUUCUUCUCUCGUCAGGAAGACAGAUCGACUUGUCAAACGUAAACGUUGCCGGCUGUCCUUAUCUGAACAUUCCCAAAUUACCACAAAACGGGAAUAGUAAUAUACGUUUUGUUGGCGCAGAUGAAAACACCUCAGAAGCUCAAUAA